CGCUUUGGUCUAGCAUAUGAACGUCGUUGGGCCUUGCAUCGCACAAAAUAUGCCUGCUAGUACUCCGUAGACUUACUGCAACGCUAGCCAGCUUUUGUAGUCGAUACCGUGCCUUCUGUACCGCAAAGAAAGCGGACCGAGCACGACCGAGGCACGAAUAUUAAACAGCAGAUCAAGGUCUCUCAAUAAUUGGUGAAGAUCCCUGUCGGACAGAAGUAAGACCACCAGACAACAACAUAAGCGAGAACAACUCCUCUUUUCAUCUCGCGGUCCUCAAGUUCAAGCUCAUGCUCGUAAUCCCCUCUCGCCCUGUUCUCUCUGUUCAAAAUCCGAAUACUGUCGCCCCGACCACGCUCAGGAGAGCGCAAAUCCACCUCCGAUUGCCCCGUCGACGAACGAGAUGGCCGAGUCAAUGAAGUUGCCGGAAUUCAAGUCCACGCCGGUCGACGAGAUCCCCGAGAUCGUAUCUCGCCUGCGCAAGACCUUUUUCUCCCAGAAAACUCGACCUGCGGAAUUCCGAAUCAAACAACUGCGCAAGCUCUAUUGGGCAAUUGACGAUCACAAGGAAGAGCUGGUAGAAGCAUGUCGACGUGAUCUAAAUAAGGGCUAUUUCGAGGCAAUGGUUGGAGAGGUUAACUGGGUGCAAAACGACAUUGUGUUCCAGACCCAGAACCUGGAGAAAUGGAUGAGAGAUGAGAAGCCUGCAGACAUCGCCUGGACCAACAGGCUCGUUAGCCCCAGAAUACGGAAAGAUCCUCUCGGCGUGGUUCUAGUCAUCGGUGCCUUCAAUUUCCCCGUCAAUCUAUCCUUUGGUCCUAUGGUUGGUGCUAUUUCAGGAGGAAAUACUGUGGUGCUGAAGCCCUCUGAGAAUGCUCCUCAUUCCGCUGCAGUCAUGCAAAAGAUUGUGGAGGAAGCUUUAGAUCCAGACUGCUAUGUCUGUGUUCAGGGUGCCAUUCCCGAGACUUCAGCCCUCCUGGAGCAGAAGUGGGACAAGAUCUUCUUCACUGGCUCGUCCAGGACUGCAAAAAUCAUUGCUCAAGCAGCUGCAAAGAACCUAACCCCGGUCGCUCUGGAACUCGGAGGUAAAAACCCAGCCUUCGUAACCAAGAAAGCAGAUGUGCGUCUGGCAGCCCGACGGUUAUUGUGGGCGAAGACAAUGAACGCUGGCCAAGUGUGCAUCAGCCAGAACUACAUCUUGGUUGACAAAGAGGUUCUACCGUCUCUGAUUGAGGAAAUGAAGGUCGCCAUGAAAGAGUUCUUCCCUGACGGUGCGAAGAAGAGCAAAGAUUACUCACGAAUCGUCAACACGGCCCAGUUCAAUCGCAUGAAGAAGAUGCUAGACAACACCUCUGGCAAGAUAGUCAUUGGCGGAACCAUGGACGCCGAGGAACUUUUUAUUGAGCCUACUGUUGUCCAAGUCACCGAUCCUAAGGACUCUUUGAUUGUAGAGGAGUCGUUUGGGCCGCUCAUUCCUAUCUUGCCAGUGGAAAACUUGGACGAGGCCAUCCACAUUGCCAAUGAGACUCAUGAAACGCCGUUGGGUGUCUACGCAUUUGGAUCGAAGGAGGAGACCAAUAAAGUCCUCGCCAGCACUCGCUCAGGAGGUGCCAGUAUCAACGACGGCUUUUUCCACGGCAUCAUCCCCAACCUUGCAUUCGGCGGUGUGGGAGAUUCGGGUACGGGAGCUUACCGUGGUAAGGCGUCGUUUGACUGCUUCACCCACCAGCGCUCGAUCACGACCACACCAGGCUGGAUGGAGAAGCUUCUGGCCGUGAGGUAUCCACCCUUCUACGGUACCGACAAGCUGAAGCAAUUCAACAAAAUGGGAUUCCUGAAGCCAGAUUUCGAUCGGAACGGAAACAAGAAGGUGGGAUGGCUAUGGUGGCUGCUCACGUUGGGUACUGCCAGCGCAUCAAAAGGUGCGUCCAGAGCUGCAUUGGUAGCUGGAAUCUAUCUCGCAGUUAUCAUGCUGAUGCAGCGCAGGACACUGAAGAGCAGUCCUACAGAAUGGCUUAUUAUACAGUUCAGGUCUUGAUAACCUUAGCAAGCGAACAAGGAAUUCUUAUAUACCUACAUACCUAAUCAUAUGUUCUCCUCGUG